CCUUCCCAACCUUUAAGGGCUUGGAGGGGCUUGGGGAAGCUCUUUGGACCUCCAAUGCUUGAAAGCCUUCCCAUCAGGGCGCAGCCAGGCACUCCUUCCAAGAAGAAGAGCUGCAGCUGCUGCAGCGGUGAAGGGGCCCUUUGGGGAAAGAGAAGGGGGGGAUGCCCACAGCCAUCCCUUAGCCGGGCAGGAGACAAGCAAGCAGCAUGCUGAAGCCCUGGAGAGGGCCACCUGGGCUCAAGGCGCUCCGGCUGCUGCUCCUGCCGCUGCUGCUCUGGGCGCCUCCGUCGCGGUCGCACCCGCAGUGCCUGGACUUCAAGCCGCCCUUCAAGCCCUCGCGGCCGCUGGCCUUCUGCGUCCAGUACUCGGACUUCGGCUGCUGCGAGGCGGAGCGCGACGCCGCCCUACUACGCCGCUACUACAGCGUCAGCGCACACCUGGACCAGGGCGCCUACGCCGCCUGCGCCGCCCACCUGCAGAACCUCCUCUGCCAGGAAUGCUCCCCCUAUGCUGCUCACCUUUAUGAUGCUGAAGACCCUUCUACUCCAGAGAGGACUCUGCCAGGACUUUGUCGAGAUUACUGCACACAAGUGUGGCAAAACUGCAGGUCCAUGUUCCGCCAUCUAACUUCUGAUGAAGAAUUGCUAUCCCUGGAAAACAAUCAGGCAAAGUUCUGCCGCUAUUUGUCUUUGGAUGAUACUGACUACUGUUUCCCUCACUUACUUGCCAAUGAAAACCUUAAUCAAAACCUUGGUGUGGUGACCGCUGAUUCAGAAGGAUGCCUACAGUUAUGCUUAAUGGAGGUUGCCAAUGGGCUUAGGAAUCCGGUGGCCAUGGUACACGCUAAUGACGGGACUCACAGAUUCUUCAUUGCCGAGCAGGUUGGCUUAGUUUGGACCUACCUUCCAGAUCGGUCACGCCUCGAAAAGCCCUUUUUGAACAUCAGCGAAGCUGUUCUUACCUCACCUUGGGAAGGAGAUGAGAGAGGUUUUCUAGGUAUUGUCUUCCAUCCUAAAUUCAGAUUUAAUGGUAAAGUGUAUGUCUACUAUUCAAUUGAAGUUCAGUAUGAAGAGAGAAUCCGAAUCAGUGAGUUCAGAAUUUCUUCUGGUGACAUGAAUUCUGUGGAUCAUGGUUCUGAAAGGAUAAUUCUGGAGUUAGAUGAACCAGCUUCUAAUCACAAUGGAGGAGAAGUACUCUUUGGAGAUGAUGGCUAUCUUUAUAUCUUCACUGGAGAUGGAGGGAUGGCUGGUGACCCUUUUGGGUCAUUUGGAAAUGCUCAAAACAAGUCAACUCUGCUGGGAAAAGUGCUCCGGAUCAACGUGGACAACAAUGACCAUGGUCCUCUAUAUCAAAUCCCACCUGACAACCCUUUUAUCAACGAGCCACAAGCCCGCCCUGAAGUCUAUGCUUAUGGGGCAAGGAAUAUGUGGCGCUGCUCUUUCGAUAGGGGUGACCCCUACACAAAGGAAGGAAAAGGGCGACUUUUCUGCGGUGACGUGGGGCAGAAUAAAUUUGAGGAAAUUGACAUCGUGGAAAAAGGGAAAAAUUAUGGCUGGAGAGCAAGAGAGGGUUUCAGCUGUUAUGACAAAAAGCUUUGCAUGAAUUCCUCACUAGAUGAUGUGCUCCCGAUAUAUGCUUACCCACACAAAAUGGGGAAAUCGGUUACAGGCGGAUAUGUCUAUCGAGGAUGUGAGUUUCCUAACCUAAAUGGGCUGUACAUAUUUGGUGAUUUUAUGAGUGGGCGCCUCAUGUCUUUGAAAGAGAACCGUGCAACCGGGGAAUGGCAGUACAAUGAAAUAUGCAUGGGAAAAGGUCAAACUUGCAUGUUUCCUGGAUUUAUCAAUAAUUACUAUCAAUACAUCAUCUCUUUUGCUGAAGAUGAGGCAGGGGAACUUUAUUUCAUGUCCACUGGACUGCCAAGUGCCACUGCACCAAAUGGGGUAGUUUACAAAAUCAUUGACACUUCACGGAGAGCACCGCCUGGGAAAUGCCGUGUUGAACCCCUACCAGUAAAAGUGAAAAGCCGUCUCAUAAAGUUUGUUCCAAAGGAAAAGCUUAUAGUGAAAACGCCAACACAGCGUCCUAAAGUGAAAGCCACAACCAGAGCCCCAACAAGGAGCAGAGCGACUGCAGAACCACCACGGGCCUCAUCUCCAGAUUGGUUGGAAGAACUCUUGACCCUUUUAAGAAAUCAGGACAGAGCACAGAUGACUACAGUCGCCCCUAAAACCCCAAAGCCCAGGAAAGGAGGAAGGACAGGGAGAAGAAGAGGGCAGAGAAGGAGAAACAGACCUACCAGUGUUCCCUCUCAGCCAAGGAAUGGAGCCGUCCGACUUAUGAACGGCAACACAAAAGGGAGAGACCGUGGGAGGGUUGAAAUUUUUAUCAAUGGAGAGUGGGGCACUGUGUGUGAUGACUUGUGGACCUCAAAAGCUGCUGCAGUUGUUUGCCGCCAGCUGGGCUAUGCUUUUGUCAUCCGAGCAACCAAGAAAGCGGAGUUUGGGGAGGGGCGUUCGCUUCCUAUUCUCCUUGAUGACGUCCAGUGCACCGGGCGCGAGAAGACCCUCUUGGAUUGCAGUCAUGCCAAUGUCGGAAAGCACAAUUGCUCCCACAAAGAGGAUGCUGGAGUGAUAUGUAGCCAUGAGGAUGUGUUUGAAAGUGAACAGUAGAAUGAAUUGAAGCACAGGAUGACACCUUGCCUUGUUCCUUCCUGUUCAAAGAAAACCCACUGUUGUUUGAUAUGAGUGUCAUACUGAAUUAACACAUAGCAAUUUAGGCAUCUUAACAUAUGUGCAUCAAAAGAACAAAAUGGAUAUACUUUACCUGAAAUGACUACACCUGUGGUCAAUGUAAAUUUGCCAUUUUAGAAAAGAAUACAUAAAUAAUAUCUUUUUUAUUCAUUUUCUAUUAAAAUAAGAGAGUGAUCUGGUUGGAGUCCUUGGAAUAAAAAUGAAACACUGGGAAA